UCCUCUGUAGGUUUGAGUUUAUCUUGCGUGCAGAGUGCUCGCUGUUUUCAAAACUUGCAGGUGUUUGUACGUUGGUCUCGUGAUGUAUCAUCAGCCUGUGCUGAAAAACAGACGCACUCUCCUCGAGAGAGCAGAGAAGUUUGUCUCUGAUAUUUAUUUCACAGACUGCAAUCUGAGAGGACGACUCUAUGGAGACUCCUGUCCGCUGGAGUCCAUCGCCUCCUGCUUGUCCUCCAAACGGAUCACAUUCACUGAAGCUUCCAAGCAGGACUUUGCACCUCAUAAAGUCGGGGAUACCUUUGGACCAACGUGGUGGACUUGCUGGUUUAAAGUGACCCUGAAAAUCCCCGAGUCCUGGAAAGGGAAAGAAGUUCAUCUUCUGUGGGAAAGCGAUGGAGAAGCAAUGGUUUGGAGAGAUGAACAGCCAGUUCAAGGCCUGACUAAAGAGGGUGAAAAGACGAGUUACAUCCUCUCUGACUGUCUGAAAGAUGAGGAGCCACAUAGCAUCACCCUUUACAUAGAGGUGGCCUGUAAUGGGCUUUUUGGUGCUGGUCAAGGGUCCAUGAUUGCAGCCCCAGAUCCAAACAGGACGUUUUCUAUACAGAAGGCUGAGCUGGUGGUAUUUAACCGGGAUGUACGGGAGCUGCUGACUGAUUUUGAGAUGCUGACUGACAUCGUAAAGGAACUCGGAGAGGGAGAACAACGAGGCUACCAGGCACUCUUCACUGUCAACGAGAUGGUGAACCUAUGUGAUCCCUUUAAUCCAAGCUCCUUCCCCAAAGCACGCAGACUGGCUCACAACUUCUUCAGCCAGCGGAACGGAGAGAGCCAGCACAAUAUUCAUGCGAUGGGUCACUGCCACAUAGACUCAGCUUGGCUGUGGCCCUAUGAAGAGACCAUUCGCAAAUGCGGCAGAAGCUGGGUGACAGUGAUCCGUUUAAUGGAAAAGAACCCAGAGUUUGUUUUCACUUGUUCUCAGGCCCAGCAGUUCCAGUGGGUAAAAAGUUGGUACCCAGGACUCUUCUCCCAGAUUCAGAAUUACGUCAAGAAAGGCCGGUUCAUUCCAGUGGGAGGAACGUGGGUUGAAAUGGAUGGCAAUCUACCUUCUGGUGAGUCCAUGGUCCGGCAGUUCCUGGAAGGCCAGCGCUUCUUUAACCACGAGUUUGGGAUCUAUUGCAAAGAGUUCUGGCUUCCAGAUACAUUUGGCUACUCUGCCCAACUUCCUCAAAUAAUGCAGGGUUGCGGCAUUUCCAAUUUCUUGACACAGAAACUCAGCUGGAACCUGGUCAACACCUUCCCUCACAACACAUUUUUCUGGGAAGGUCUGGACGGCUCAACGGUUUUAACUCACUUCCCACCAGGAAAUACCUACGAAAUGAAGGGCAAGGUUGAAGACCUGGUGAAAACUGUGAAGAACAACAAAGACAAAGGCAGGGCCAACCACAGUGCAGUGUUGUUUGGUUUUGGCGAUGGUGGCGGUGGCCCAACACAGCUGAUGCUAGACAGACUGCACCGGGUCCAGGACACAGAUGGACUUCCCAAGGUCCAAACGUCCAGUCCCGAAAAGCUUUUCUCUCAGCUUCAGGCUGACUCAGCUCUGCUUUGCACUUGGGCCGGAGAGCUCUUCCUGGAGCUGCACAAUGGCACCUACACCACACAGGCGCAGAUCAAACGAAGGAACCGCCAGUGUGAGACACUGCUUCAUGACAUCGAGAUAGCCAGCAGCUUGGCGCUGUGUCGGGACAUGACCUUUCAGUAUCCCGUGGAGAAACUGCAGGAGCUCUGGAGGCUGCUUCUUCUCAACCAGUUCCAUGACGUGAUUCCCGGCAGCUGUAUAGAGAUGGUUGUGGAGGAUGCACUCCGGUAUUAUGAAGAUAUUCGUAGAGAUGGUGCUACACUACUGCAUGAUGCCUGUGGAGCCCUGGGAUCUAAGGGCAACUCUGACGGUGUCUUCAACUCUCUGCCAUGGGAGCGGCAUGAAGUCAUCCAGAUUCAAGAUGGCGCUGGUAAACCUAGCCUGGCUCUGGUGAGAGUUCCCAGUCUCGGCUUGUCUCCUGUCAAACACUCACAGCCUGUAGCUCCAGUCUCUGUCACUGGCCAAGCCGACGGCACUGUCCUCAUGGAGAACGGGAUUUUACAGACUGUCAUAAACAAAGAUGGCACUUUGGCUUCACUGUAUUUGAUCAAUGCAAACAGAGAAGCCAUCUCUGACAGCUGUCACGGGAACCAGUUUGUCAUGUUUGAUGAUGUCCCUCUGUAUUGGGAUGCUUGGGAUGUAAUGGACUACCAUCUGCAGACAAGGAAGCCGGUGCUGGAGGUGGUGCAGCCUGUUCAUGUGGUGUCCGCAGAUGGGCUCCGAGGCAGUGUCAGCUUCACCCUCAGGAUCAGUGAUAAGAGCACGCUCACACAGGAGAUUGUCUUGGAUGCCAUGUGUCCUUACAUCAAGUUCAACACAGAGGUGAAGUGGGCAGACUCGCACAAGUUUCUGAAGGUUGAAUUCCCAGUGCGUGUACGCAGCCCCAAUGCCACCUUUGAGAUCCAGUUUGGCCAUCUGCAGAGACCCACACACAGGAACACUUCAUGGGACUGGGCCAGAUUUGAGGUUUGGGGUCACAAGUGGGCCGAUUUGUCGGAGCACAACUUUGGAGUUGCACUGCUGAAUGACUGCAAAUACGGCUAUUCAGUCCACAAGAGCACCAUGACGCUGUCCCUACUGAGAGCACCGAAGGCCCCAGAUGUCAAUGCUGACAUGGGGACUCAUCACUUCACCUAUGCAGUCAUGCCACACACAGGAUCCUUCCAGGAUGCCUCGGUCAUCCAGUGUGCGUACAACCUGAACUUCCCUGUGAGGUCAAUCCAGUGCACUCCCGACACUGUGCCCUGGAGUGCCUUUUCCGUCAGCCAUGCAGCAGUCAUACUUGAGACCAUUAAACAGGCUGAGGACAGGAAGAGGGCACUUGUUGUCCGACUCUACGAGUCACACGGUAGUAGCGUGACUGCAACUCUCUGCACUGCUCUUCCAGUCAGGGACGCUUGGCAUUGUGAUCUCUUGGAGAGACCAGACCCCACCCAGCCAGCACGCAUUACAUCAGAGGGAAUCACCAUGGACUUCAAGCCCUUUCAAAUCAUGUCACUUCUCCUCAUCUUGUGAUACAUAUGGCACUUUACAGAGCUUCAGGGUGGUCACAAAUUGAAUAUUAAUACAACAGUUUGGUCCCACGAGUAAAAACUAGUUAUGUUAUAAAAUGUGGUGCUGCUCUAUUGACAGUUUAUUAGAAAACUUCAACUAGGGGGGCAUCUUUUUGAGCCACUCAUAGAUGACUAUUUUCCAAAGAUAACGUGAUUACUUCGGAUCAAAUCAAUAACGUUGCAGGACUUUUGUAAAAACAUGUUUUAUUAACAAAUAUUAAAAAAGGCAUAUUGUGUAAUA